AUGUGGAGACGUGAUCUGGAGUACGCAGUCCGGCACAUGGAAAAGGAAAGGAAUUGGGACACUUCUCCAUCAGUUUCACAGGGCUCCCAGCCUUCGCCGGUAGCUCUCCUUCGAAUAUGCAUACGGUACAAACAUUUAUACACGCGGCUGUCCUCGAAUCUUACCUUUUGGUUCUCUGUUACCGAUGAUUUCCAUGCUGCCUCUGGCUGGCAUGAAGAACGGGUCAGGUCCUUUGUUCAAAAAAAGCUCUCAGAAUACCGCUAUCGGGAUCACACUGUUCGCCCUGUCGACCCUGAUGGUUACCGGAUGGAAUCACUUUUAUGGGAAAUGAUGGAACACAUCAGUUUCAUCAAAUGGCGGUCGGAGCUGAGACGCUCCGAUUACAGAUACCGAUCUCCAACGCCUCUUCCUCAAUCUGAUUUGGAUAUGACUUGGCAAGACGUCGAAGAAGCCAUAUUGGAGCGGGUCAAGUCCGCAGCAAUGCGCUGUGACUUUGAUCAGGCCAAGUGGCUCCUGCUUCAAUUCAAAGACAACCAAAAACCAGAAUCAUACAUCAAGGAAUUUGAGUCUAAUAAAAGUCUACAUGAGCAAAUAGAGAAGCAGCGCGAAAUGGAAAGCGCUAAAGCAGAGAGUGAUGGUGAAUGGGAGAAAGCCAAAUCCUCGCUGCUUUCAAUGGAGAACAAGGUGAGAUCGGGCCGGCUCCUUGUCGCGUUGGAAAGGAGACAAGCAAUACAAAACAAAUACAACAGAAGCCUUCAAGAAGAGACUGUAUUGGCGCAAUUUGUUGAUCGUGACUUGACUAAGGCCUGUGAUCUGGUGUCUCUGAUGAAAGGCAAGAGGCCCAAAGCAUUAGUGGCAUUAUUCAAGUGCAACGAGGCUUUGGCUAAGGGUGACUUUAGCGGCGCGAAGUCUAUACUUUCAGAUCCACAACUGGCAUCGGUCCAUAUGGCAUUAGAGCCCAUAGUGGACCUCGCGGAAGCCCUGCACAAUGAGGACCAAGAUAAAGCCACUUCUCUAUCUCUGCGUCUAAAAGUGGAUGGCGAGAACUUUGGACGAAUCCUCUUGAACUCAUCAGCCGGCGUCAGUACAGAGAGGUGCGAUGGCCAUGUUGAAGUCGUGAGCUUGCUACAGCCCGAGGAACCGUUAAGUGAUGCCGACAUUGAAUUCCAAAAACGAAGCAAAGAAGAAUCAUUGUGCGGUGACUGGAAUGAAGCCAAGAGGUUGCUGCUCCUGAUUCCGAAGAAGACGGUGUCCGGACCACUCCUCAGAAAAUUGGAAGCGGAGCGAUCAGCAUUUUACGAGGCGGACAAGGAUUUAGAAAAACAAGCCAAAGAGGCAGAGAUGAAGGGUGACUGGGAGGGGGCGAAGUCUCUCCUAUCUCGUAUCAAAAGCGAUUUCGGCAAAUUCCUUCUUGCGGCAUUGGCAUACAGUGAGGCACGUUUGACGCACAAAGACGAGCACAUGGAAAUACUUGUUCAGCUUCAGAAGAAAUACCCCGAUGCUCGCCUUGAACAGGUGAAAUUCACACAGUACUUUGAACAUGCAGAACGGAAUGGGCCCCCAGAGAGAGCCACCGACCUGCAUAGUCUUUUUGUUGGGGAAAAGAUGUUUGGAACUGGUGUUCUCUGGAGCGAGCCCGAUGAUUUCCGCAAGGUGUUCGAGAUGAUGGCUGAAGAUAUGCGCGAUACCUACGACAGGGCAUGGUACUGUCUGCCAGCUCCGACCAUGCGAUCACCAACUGCAUCUCGAAGUCAAGCUGGGGAAGGCCACAUUGCUGAGAACCCUCCGUCAGAAACUACGCAGGUAGAGCCCCGUGGUUGUCCAGGCACUAGCCCAUCCUCAUCGUCACUGCCUGCAAUACCUCGCGACCCAUGCAUUAUGACCCCUAAUUGGACGGUGAUCCGAGAGUAUCAGCGGGACCGACCUGAAUUGCCGUCGCUGAGCCUUGAUCAGCAGCUAGUUCUGUUUCAAAUCUGCAUUGUGCACAAAAGCCGUUACACAAAAUCGCAAGGCAAUCUCGACUUCUGGCAUCGUGUUGCUGAUCAAUUUUGGGAGGUUUCGGGCUGGCACUGGAAACGUGUCAGGACGCUGGUACAAACAAAGUUACGUUCCCAGGCUUCGUGUGAUCGUGGACCUCAACUGGCACCACUCAUAGAUGAAUUACGUUCCCAUAUACAUGCCAUCAGUCAUCCGAACCGAAGCAACAUGGCUCAAUCGAGUUCGCGGUCGCCAGUGGUUCAAGGCCAAGCAGGAAGACUUUCUGGGCAAAGCUAUGUGAAUGAAUUACCUAAAAUCCCGGUAGAAAUCAUUCUUGCGCAGGGCGCUGCGAAGCGAACAUUCUCACAGACUGGGUUCGAUGUCGAGAUAAGUUCGGAUGACGAUUUGCCUACACAUCAUGCCUCGCGACCCCGACAUAACGGCCCGGCUAGCGUCCCGGCUAGCUCUUCUGUCAGCAUACAUACUCAACCUUUGGUCACGACAGAGUCUGCGCAAGACCUUAUAGCGAAGAUCCAGGAAGCAAAAGAGCAAUAUGAUUAUGAUAAAGCCAAGUCUCUGCUGCUUCAGAUCCCUGACAAGAAAAUCCUCGAACCUCUCCUCAAGGCUUUGGACGUCUGUCGCGAAACUCAAAUCCGCACUAACAAAGAGCUUGAAAAGCAAUCCAAGGAAGCUGAGUUGAAGGAAGACUGGGCUAUGGCCAAGUCUAAACUGUCUAGCAUUAAGGGCGAGGACCCCAGUUUCCUUUUGUCGGCAUUGCAAUUCAGUCGAAUACGGAUAUCAUGGGCUUACGAAGAACUCGAUCCAUGUGACUUGAUUGACCAGAUCAUAAAAGACUACUCCGAUCCACGCCUUGAGCAAGUGAGACUUGACAACGAGCUUUCGGAUGCAGAAAUGUCUGGCAACCCGCAGAGAAUUGGUCACUAUCGUGGGUUGCUUCGCGCCAACCAGAGAAGGAUAGGUGUUCUCUGGGAAAAACCCGAUGAUUUUCGCAAGGUAUUCCAGAUUAUGGCUGCAGAAAUGCGCGGUGCUCGUGACAAGGUUUGGUACGCAAACCCCGCUCGAGCUAAGCCAACAGGAUUUCAAUCCAACUCCGAUGAUGACGCUGGUUCUGGUUCUGCCCCUGGUCUGGGAUGGAAACCUCGGCCUCAACCUCGAUCUCGGCGUCCAGAUAUCGACAAAGAACUCAACUUGUUAGACAAGGCACGAGCAGAGCUAAUCAAAGGGUACGAUAAGGCCAAAGCUAUCCUACGCAAGGGAUCGAGUGAAGAUAACAAAGAAGCCAUUAAAGCAUUGGAGUGCAGUGCAUAA